AUGGGUGAGCCACUGGUCAACGGCGAGAAGCCUCAUUCUCAAUUCCUAUCCCACCUCACCUCCUACCCUGUCGUCUCCGACUCCAUCACAAUCUUCAAAAACAACAAGUACGGUGCCACCUCCCUCAAAUACGCCGACCAAGGCUACGAGCGUCUCGCAAAGCCAUUCUUGCCAUACCUCUCCACCCCCUACGCCUACGUCGCUCCAUACGUUGCCAAAGCCGACUCCCUCGGCGACCAAGGCCUAACCAAAGUCGACGAACGAUUCCCCAUCGUCAAGGAAGAGACUGAAAAGAUCAAAAACACUAUCGUUGACACUGCUUUCUUCCCUCUUCGUCUUGCUGGGGAUGCGCGCAAAUAUGUCGUUGAUACCUAUGACUCUGAGUACAAGAAAUGUGGUGGUGAUGGGUAUGUGGCUAGUGGUAAGGCAGUGAUUACUACGGGAUUGGUGAUUUCACAGGAGUCGCUGGGCUGGUUGGGCGAAUAUUUGGCGCAGAAGAAGGAACAGACGAAGGAAGUGGUUAAUGAAAAGGUUAACCAUUAA